AUGUCCCCUUGGAAGGACGCAGGUCUGAAACUGCUGCGACAUGCUGUUGCCGCGGAGCGCAUUCGUGGCUCACAGCCAGCCCGUUCCCUCAGCUACUCCUCGCGGAUCUCUCAAGUCUCCCGCCCAGGUCGCAUAUCGGUGACCACAUGCCGGACAGUUCUAUCUCGAGACCAGCAGCUCUGGAAGCAAGCUGCGACACCACGGAGCUUCUCCGCCACCGCAGGAGUACACCACGGCCAUAUCACACCUCCGAAGCCUGGAGAGGAAAUCAAUGUGUCUUUCAUUGACAAGGACGGUGAGAAGUAUGACUUUCAGGUAUCAGAGGGGGACAAUCUGCUAGAUAUCGCGCAGGCCAAUGAUCUUGAGAUGGAAGGUGCCUGCGGCGGCUCGUGUGCUUGCUCGACGUGCCAUGUCAUAGUAGAGGACCCGGAUAUGUUUGACAAGAUGGAGGAGCCCUCGGACGACGAGAAUGACAUGCUUGAUUUGGCGUUUGGCUUGACGGAGACAUCGCGACUGGGAUGCCAGGUGUUGAUGAACAAGGAGUUGGACGGGCUGGUGGUGCGUCUUCCAUCAAUGACGCGGAACUUGCAGGCAAGCGAUUUCCAGGCGAAGAAAUAA